CACAAAACAAGUGCCACAAGAAGGUAUGGAGAAUGAUCCAACUAAUUUCCCACAUCAUAUCAGUGAGGCAGACUUUGUUGGUAGUACAUCUGAUGGUGUGUAUGGCGUCGCUGCGAUGAUCUACGACCGUCCAACAGUUAACAUAACUCUAAAGAAGUCUUGGUUUUUCUUCGAUGAUGAGCUAAUUUGUUUAGGCUCAAAUAUUGAGACUAGAGAGGGAAUAAACGACACUCAACCGGUUCUAACCACUUUAAACCAGAUAAUCCAAGAUGGUGCCAUUACUGCCUAUGAUGAAACCAAAGGACUUGUAGAAAUUCAAAAUGGUGAAGUAUAUUUGCCAAAUCCAGCAUGGGUACAUCAUGACAAUACGGGUUACAUAUUUCUUAACAAUGUAACAAAUGUUUACAUGCAAGGUGAAAAUCGAAGUAAGACAGAUGUUGAUAGAAACAAGGUGAUUUCAAACCAGGUGUUUUCAACUUGGAUUGAUCAUGGAAGAGCGCCACAAAACCUUCAAUAUGCUUAUUCCGUCCGUCCAAAUAUCACAGUUGGUGAAAUAGAUGCGUAUAUAAAGUCAAACCCCAUCAGGAGGGUGCAUCAAAAUUCAAACAUUCACGCAGUGUUCCAUACAAAACUCAAUAUAACUGGACUUGUUUUCUUUACUCCGGGGAAUGUUUCAACUCCUAAUGGAUAUGUGGUAUCAGCUGAUAAUCCCUCAAUUGUUAUGAUUCGAGAAACAAAAAAUAACAUGUUCAUUACUUGUUCUAAUCCUGAAAACAAAGGCAUAGUUUUAAAAAUAAAGUUGAGUAAAAAUGUUCGGGGUCCUGGUGCUAGAUUUUUGGGGGAAUCGGGAAUGACCGAGGUCACGUUUGACUUACCUUCCGGUCGGCUUGCUGGCUCAAGCAUAACCAAGUCAUUGACGUGGCAAUUCUCAAAUCACAUUCCAAAGUAUAUGUCAGAAGAUCGCUUUUUCAAGAGCAAGUCUACUUGAAAUCAACUUUUGGUAUAGAUAUAUUUACUUCCUGGAUAUUUUAAUAAAGUAAGAAACAAAUAUUUGUGUAUGUUGCUUUUUGUGCAGAUUAUUUCCAAGACUUUGGUUUUUGACACUGAAGAACACGCUGGAGAAGUCCAUGUACGACAAAAGCAGCAUUUUCUUGACUGUUGAUCAGAUAUUCG